CCAGAACACGCUCGACACCUCUUGCUUCGACACCCAUGCUGAAGAACCGUUGGUACAGCUUGCCAAGCAUGGAAUUGCGGGAGGUUAGAACCUGAUCAGGCUCCUUUUCAGCAAAGUGGUCAGAAUUGCUAACGACCUCGCCUUCAUAUGGGCUUGGAGUGGCUUUCUCAUCACCAUAGGUGUGGUUGUCUACGCCAUGCACUUGGUUUUGGCCUAAUUCUGCCGAAGACAGUGUUGGGGAUGGAUCAGCCAUAGGAAAAAGGCGUGCGAUAAAGAACCAAGAAGUAGAAAGAAGGCUCGGCGGAUGGCAAUUUGUAACAAUUUUUUCAAGCGGUGUUAUCUCUGUCCUGCGAAUUUUUUUCCCUAUCAGGCAGUCAUGGCCAGAAUGGGGUUGAAUUCCCUUGUUCUGGCAAUUACAUCCAGCCCCGGUAUUGCUCUUUACAUCGAAGACCUGUCAUCCAACAAGAAGUUCAACCCAUGGUGAACAAGAAGCAAUCCAUGCUAAUGCUGCUUGACUUUCGUUCUCGGUGUACAGCCUGCCUUCAUACCGAGACAAAAAAAAAAUUUAUCCAUCCUGGCUCCGCUCUCACCUAUUGGUCCUCCAAAUCCAAAUCUGUGUUCAGGCCAUUUAGACCGUAAAUCGACUAGCACCAAUCACAUGGCAAAGUAAGAACAGCAAGCGUUG